GAGCGCACCGAAUAAUAUUCAACCCUACAUGGCGUUACCAGGAUUGAUGCUUGCUGCGACUAGUCCAUCUCUGUGGCAACCGCCCUCUCUUGGGAUGUUGACCAUGCCUUCUGAGAACUGGUGCGCUCGCUGUAAGACAAGUUUCCGCAUGACCAGUGAUCUCGUCUACCACAUGCGAACAUACCACAAGAGGGAGAACCUGACAACAGGUGGUAGCGGUACAGUGGACGAAGCUGCAGUCAGCAGUGGCGGCAACGUCACAGAGAAAGAUGACAAGCAAGAUGGAGACAAAACUGGUGAUGAGAAAACCCUUCGUUGCAAGGUGUGUAAGGAGACAUUCCGAGAGAGACAUCACCUGACACGUCACAUGACGUCACAUGUCAGGUGAUCUAUCCUUGAAUAUGAACUUCGGAGAAAAAACAAACAAACAGACGUUUGUAUACAUAGAUAUAAAAGAACAUUAAAUAUGCAUGCGAAAAGUCUAACAUCUAAUAUACAAACAUUACAUGAUUUGUAAAUAUAGAAAUUAGAAUAUACAAAACAUUCCCAUCAAAACUUGAAAUCUUAUACUAUAGACCUUUCAUGAUCCGAUAAAUUCCACGACAUGACUAUAUAAUGUCGUUUAAAAAUCAAAUUACCCCUCCUAUUACGCUAUUAUUGUUUGUGUCCUAUUUUAAUUCUGUUCAACAGAAUUCUUGGUGUGU